UCUCCGGAUCUGGGAAGAAUACACGUCAUGACAGGCCAAAGUGGAAAAUAAGUUGAAUUUCCAUCGUACUGAAGUUGAUGGGAGAAUAAAAGGAGCAUGCCAACAUAAAGUGGAUCCGGAGGAGAUGAAAAGAAGGAUCGGGGAAAAGAGAUGGCACAAGAAGAACCGCUGUAUGAUUUCCCGGAGCCCGCCCAGCCGUCAGAGCGCAAGUUUUCGGGCCAUCAAAGAGGAGGGGGCUCUCUGAGAAGCGUCAGUGUUCUGGACCGACUCCUGCUCACAGUUCCUGUCUGGCUUCAGCUGUCCAUCAACGCUGCCACCGCACUGCACAUACUGCAGAGAGAGCCUCCUGGGACCUUCCUGGUGCGCAAGUCUCGCACGUCCCAGAGAAACGUGCUGUGCAUCCGCUUGAAGGAUGACAGCGUGCCAUCCUUCGUUCAGCAGUUUGGCAUCAGGCAUGAAAACGCCAGUAACACUUUGUCUCUGGAGACUUCAGCCAUCAGCUUUCCAGAUCUUCCAAGACUGAUUUCCUUCUACUGUGUCAGCCGAGAUGUAUUACGUUCUCCUCUGGAGCUUCCUGAAGCCAUUGCAAAGGCAACAUCCCACAAAGAGCUGGAGUCCAUCUCACAUAUGGGAAUAGAAUUCUGGAAUUCCCACCUAAACGUCCGCGGGCCACGAGAGGCCGAUAAGCCUCAGGAGGGGGAGAAGCCGGAUACUGUAAACUCAGUCCCGCCUGCUGCUGCCUCACAGACAACCUCUGCAGCUCAGCCUGAUUCAGCUGCCCAGCCCGACUCAGACAACCAGCUCAAGACAGCCCCUAAAUCAGACGCCGGCAGAAAACAAUCAGGUUCUAAUCCCACCCUGUUCCAUGAGUUUUGUCCAAUCACGACACGCAGCCCCGUAGAGCUGGACUGCGGCUCCGGCCAGGGCGCUCUCUGUUUCGUCAACCCCCUUUUCCUGCAGUCCCAGACUGCUUUGGCCAGACAGCGCAUGUUCAAACGCAGCCUCAAGGUUCGGAUUUCCACAGAGUCGUCGACCAUGCUGUCGCCCCCGCUCGCUCCUCCACCUCCACCACCUUUAAUGCCCAAAACCAAAAGAAAAUGUAAAGGAACGGCCCAUCCCAGUAAAGGUCUUUUACAAGGUGAGAACCCAAGUCAGGACGCCCCCAGUGAGGCCCACUUCCAGCCUGUUAUGCAUAAGCAGGGCCAAACCCAGAUGGACUCAGGACAAAGUGAAGCUGGAGUCAGGGGAGAGGAGGCUACAGCUCAGCUACCACCAGAGAUGGAGAAUCUUCUAGAAGAUUCGGACUACAUGCAGCCGUCUCCAAUGAUCAAUUUUUCCCAUUGUCCCUCAUUCUCUCCUUACCUCUCCCCAUCUGUUAGUGCCACGGCGCCUCCUCUUUUCCCCAAAGUAUCUUCGUCCCUCUCUCUUCUUGACUCUCCCGGUGACUCUCCCUCCUUGUCGCCUUAUCAAUCCCCAUCUCUUUCUCCUAAGGCUCCCUUUUCUCUCUCUCCCUAUGACUCACCCAUCGCUUCACCCUCUCUUUCACCUUACCAGUCCCCGUCUCAUUCUCCUAAAGGCCCCUUCUCACGCACCUCCUUCCCUCAGCUGGCGGAGCAGGCCUAUCACACACCUGCUACUCCUACAAGACUAGAUCAGCAAAGAUCAGAGAGAGAGGCUGAGGAGGAGGAGGGAGCAGGUGCGGAUGAAAAUAUGGAUGACGAUGAGACGUAUGAGGAACCGCACAAAAAGAGGAAUGAGGGAAAGGGUCUGGUUUUACAGAUGAAUGCUGCUUCUCUAAAUGACACAGACUUCAGUUCCUCCAGCAGUCGUGAGGGGGCAGCAGAGACUCCAGCUCACUCACUCCACAAACAGGACAAUGGUACAAGCCUCUAGCAAACAAACAUUUUAGUAACUGAAUUACAUUAACAUUAAACACUGCAUAUAAUUAAGUGUCUUGUUUUGUUUUAAGAAUUGAGAAAUUAAGAACGUUUUACACAACCAAACCUUAAUAACACUUAGUAUGUAAUUGUGUACUUUAUUAAGCUCUAUCGCCAAACAUUUUCCAAAGCAUACCAAAUUAUUUUGAUUUAUUUCCUUUGAUGUCAGUAUUUUCUUUAAAUUAAAUUAAGAAAUCUCACAACUUUCUUGGGUUUGGUAUUCCAUCGUGAUAAUCUUUAGUUGCCUUAAUUAGUUUUUCCAUCAAAAAGGUACAAAUAAAAACGACUUGUAAUAAAAUUAAAACCAUUUUAUAAAUCAAUGUACAUAAAAUAGGAUGACAUGAGUGAUCCCAUUUCUACAAUAACAUUGUUGCUGUUCAGCAUUAGACGUCAGAAGAACUUGAACGCAGCAAUAAUUAGAGGUUCUUGCAGUAAUGUUAGGAGUUCAGAUAUUAUUCUGGUUCCUCGUGGAAGAAAACUUGAAUUGUAAUCGUCCACAAUAUUGUACAGGCCGAGUUGUUGAAUCUUCUUUUGAUGGGAAACCACCACAAAUGCCUUUUACUGCCAAACAACUCGUCAGACACGUCAACUAAGCAUGUGCAAUUUUGAUUAAAGUGCCACUUCAAACA